GGGGGGAGGCGCUCUGGGCGGGCGCGCGGGGCGUGGCGGCGCGCGGGCGGCCAUGGCGGACACCGAGAAGCUCAACCUCGACUCCAUCAUCAGCCGCCUCCUGGAGGUCCAAGGGUCGCGGCCAGGGAAGAACGUGCAGCUGACGGAGAACGAGAUCCGGGGGCUGUGCCUGAAAUCCCGGGAGAUCUUCCUGAGCCAGCCGAUCCUGCUGGAGCUGGAGGCACCUCUCAAGAUCUGCGGUGACAUCCACGGGCAGUACUAUGACCUGCUGCGGCUCUUUGAGUACGGGGGCUUCCCCCCUGAGAGCAACUACCUGUUUCUGGGGGACUACGUGGACCGGGGCAAGCAGUCUCUGGAGACCAUCUGCCUCCUGCUCGCCUACAAGAUCAAGUACCCCGAGAAUUUCUUCCUGCUGCGGGGCAACCACGAGUGUGCCAGCAUCAACCGCAUCUACGGCUUCUACGACGAGUGCAAGCGGCGAUACAACAUCAAGCUCUGGAAGACCUUCACCGACUGCUUCAACUGUUUGCCCAUCGCCGCCAUCGUGGACGAGAAGAUCUUCUGCUGCCACGGAGGGCUGUCCCCAGACCUGCAGUCGAUGGAGCAGAUCCGGCGGAUCAUGCGGCCCACGGACGUCCCGGAUCAGGGGCUGCUCUGCGACCUGCUCUGGUCCGACCCCGACAAGGACGUGCAGGGCUGGGGGGAGAACGACCGCGGCGUCUCCUUCACCUUCGGGGCCGAGGUGGUGGCCAAGUUCCUGCACAAGCACGACCUGGAUCUCAUCUGCCGGGCACACCAGGUGGUGGAGGAUGGCUACGAGUUCUUCGCCAAGCGCCAGCUCGUCACCCUGUUCUCGGCCCCCAACUACUGCGGCGAGUUCGACAACGCGGGCGCCAUGAUGAGCGUGGACGAGACCCUCAUGUGCUCCUUCCAGAUCCUGAAGCCGGCCGACAAGAGCAAGGGCAAGUACGGGCAGUUCAGUGGGCUGAACCCCGCCGGGCGCCCCGUCACCCCCCCCCGAAACUCUGCCAAAGCCAAGAAAUGAGCCGUGGGAGCCGCCCCCUGCCCCGGCUGGGGUGCUGCCCACCCACCCUCCUGUCCCCCUCCCCACCCCACACCCACCCACACACACAGAAUCAGGUCGCUUUUCUUUCGACUCAAGUUUUUUUAUUUGGAGGAUCCUGUUUCCCCCCCCUCUUCGAGCCACGCUCCACCAAAGCAAGCCCAGUGCCAGGGCAGGGAGUGCCGGGGCGAGGGGGGAGCCCGGAGCCCAGAGCCCAGAGCCCAGCCCUGGGGUGGCAGCGGAGCGGGGGGCGGGAGGAAAUUUUUGGGGAAUAAACUUGUAAUGAAUCGGGUCA